UUGAAUUUGCAUUUUGCAUAUACCGAAUUGAUAGCUAUUGUAAUUUUGAAGAAUUUUUCGAAUUUCACGAUAAUUGACGACCAGUAAUGGCUGGGAAAGUGAACAAGUUUGAAACACCGAGCUCAGCAAGCUCAGAUAGUGACUCUGAAUUGGCAUUGGAGAUAAGUGAGCAAGUGUUUAUUGAUGAUGAGGAUUACAGUCGGGCUCCGGCUUCACCCACUACUGUCCCCAAUGUAAGGUCAUAUAGACCUCCUUCCACAGGCUCAAAUAUCCUAAAGUCUCCCCGCGGCAGACGAGUUCGAACCACAUCAAUGUCUCAACCAAAUAAAAAGACCACGGCAGAGAGUAUACUGCAUGCAGACAGAAGAACGAUAUAUACGGCGGGAAGACCGCCCUGGUACAACUGCACUGGAGGACAGGAGGUGGAACCUUUUUUAAUUGGAAUAUGUGGUGCCAGCGCUUCUGGCAAAACCACAGUGGCCGCCAAAAUAAUUGAAUCUCUCAACAUACCCUGGGUUACAAUUGUCAGUAUGGACUCGUUUUAUAAGGUGCUAAAUGAGAAGCAGCAUCACGCGGCGAUGCGUAAUGAAUACAACUUCGAUCACCCGGAUGCUUUUGACAUGGAGCUGCUCGAAAGUGUCCUCCAGCGUUUAAAAGAAGGAAAGAAGGUGGAAGUUCCCAUUUACAACUACGUUACACAUUCGAGGGAGCACCGUACUAAAACGAUGUACGGCGCGAACGUGAUAAUAUUCGAAGGAAUUCUCGCGUUCUACAACGCACAGGUGUUGAGCAAACUGGACAUGAGGGUGUUCGUAGAUACGGAUGCCGAUAUCCGACUCGCGAGGCGUUUGAGAAGGGAUAUAGUCCAACGCGGUCGUGACCUAGAGGGUGUUCUCAAACAGUACAUGACGCACGUGAAGCCAGCCUACCAGAACUACAUAGCACCCUGUAUGGCCCACGCUGAUAUUAUUGUCCCGAGGGGUGGAGAGAACAAAGUCGCAAUUUCUCUCAUUGUUCAACACGUCCACAAACAGUUGCAGUUGCGCGGCUUCAAAGUUCGUGAAAAGUUAGCGAUCGCGCACGUGGGUCAGCCCGUACCGGACUCGCUCUACGUACUCAAGGAUACUCCACAGGUGCAAGGACUCCAUACGUUCAUACGUAACAAGGACACCCCGAGGGAUGAGUUCAUAUUCUACUCGAAGCGUUUGAUGAGAUUGGUCAUAGAGUUCGCGUUGUCCCUCUUGCCGUACUCCGAACAUCAAGUGGACACGCCCCAAGGAUUCACUUACACUGGUCGCAAAUGCGACGUGGAAAAGAUCUGCGGCGUUUCGAUCCUUCGGGCCGGAGAGACGAUGGAGCAGGCCGUGUGCGACGUGUGCAAGGACAUUCGGAUCGGGAAGAUACUCAUACAGACGAACCAGCAGACUGACGAGCCGGAGCUAUACUACCUCCGUCUCCCAAAAGACAUAAAGGACUACCGCGUGGUGCUGAUGGACGCGACUGUGGCGACGGGGGCCGCGGCCAUGAUGGCCGUCCGGGUGCUUCUGGACCACGACGUGCCGGAGGAGCACAUCAGUCUGGUCUCGCUGCUGAUGGCCGAGAUCGGGGUGCAUUCUAUCGCUUACGCCUUUCCCAGGGUGAAAAUAAUCACCUCGGCGUUAGAUCCGGAGAUAAACGAGAAGUUCUACGUGUUGCCCGGUAUCGGAAACUUUGGGGACCGCUACUUCGGUACGGAACCCUCUGACGAGGAAUGACUGAUGACCUAGGAGCGAGAGAGAUAGAAAUAUCCGCGCGCUGCGAGUGAACGAGACGGCAAUAUCUUUGGCAGUUUCAUAUUUAAACGCUUCUCAGGUAACGGGGUUUGAGCGCUUAUAGCACGACUAUAUCAUUGUACAUUGUAAAAUGUACCUUAACAUUAGGUUUUUAGGGCGCUGUUUCAUUAUUGAAGUUUGAUUUCAAUAUUAAGCCCUGCAAGGGAGGGCCCCGAAACAUUUAUGGCUGGUUUAAAUAAAUAAAAACUAGUUUUAAUUAAUUUAUUUAAUUUGUGUAAAUCUAGUCAAAAACGUACAUAAAUGUCAAUCGUACCGUGUGUAUCGUGAUUUUUAGUGAAUUGUACUUAUGGCGAACAGUUUAAAGCCAAAGAAUUGGUUAAAUUAAUUCUUAAUGUUUGAUGUGUUUAACUAAAAUGUAUGGUAAAAUUUAAAAUCAUUGUUAGAUUAUUGUGUGCUUAAAUUGUCUUAAUAAAAACUUGUUCCUAUACAUUGAAAUACUUCUCUAAUAUAUAGAAACUAUGCAAUCAGUGCAUUUAACUUAAAACUUACUUAAAAUUAUACAUAAAAAAUAUCUUUGUUUGAGCUGUCUUCCCCUAUUGAAACUCGUGCUUACAAUAGCCGAUGGAAUGUCUCCAUCCCUUUCUAUACGUUAAUGGCGAAAUGAGAAGCAAAAUCCCGAUAACCGGAGACUAUAAAAUGGUGCUUUUAAUUUCAGAAAUAACUUUACAAAAUAACACAAUAAUUAGCAUUUAUUUUUCUAAGGCAGGUUUACGUUCAUUCCGACACGACGCUGCCAUUUUGUUCUCUAUCGCUUCUCUAUCUCUUACAGUAUUAAGUUGUCUUCUUUACGUAAUAAGACUUAUCGUAGGUUAGUCUGCUUUUAGAGAAUUUUAGGUUUUUGUAAUUUAUUACCGGCUGAGGUCUCUGGCAUGUCUAUAUUGAACCUUCCUUACAUUACGUUUUUACAACGUAUUACAGUUUAAAAGACAUUGAUGUUGUAAACCACAUAUAAUAUAAAAUUUAAAAACUUCACUUCAGAAAAAAAAAUUCACCAACAAUCUCCAAAAUUAUUAUUUUUAUCAAAUUUUUAUCAAAUCAAUUUAUAUACAUUAUUGAAUUAUAUAUAUUUUUUAAUUAAACACUUAUAAAUUGACAAUUACGUUGCAGAGACCAUCUUAUUCUGGUUAAUUUUAUCUCAAUUUUGUAAUUUAGUUCGAUUUUAGUUUGUAAGUUAUUUAUAAGAGAUUGAUUUGUGACUAUGUAAAAACACGUUCGUUGUAUACAGAUAUACAAGAUUUACCCUAGGGUAUUGGGACAUUACUAAGGCACGUGUAAAACUGGAUGUUAUACAUAUUUGUAUAUUUUAUAUAUUAAGCUUUUAGCGAAACAUGUUAAAUAAAUGUAUGCAAUCAAAUCACGAUUUUAUUCGAAAUUUUGAAAGAAGUAAAAAUAAAUAGGUUGAAACGUGUAAACGAAAAUUUCGUUCAUUUUAUGACAUGACAUUCAUUGUCAACGUCCAAACUACACUCAUAGGCCAAACUUAGGCCGAAAUUCAAAUCAUGUCGAAGUACCAAGUGUCAGAUGUCAUGUGGUAUUUUUGACAGAUGCGGAAGUUUGUUCGCACUUAUUGUAUUGUAAUUGUUUAAAACAACUUAAUUAAAAUCGUCGUCUUCAUUGUAAGAGCCAUUGACAAUGUACUGAUUAAUAUUUAGGAGAUUUAAUGAGUUACAGCCUUUUGGUAGUGUCGCAAAGUAUGAGUAUGAAAUAUCCUAAGGAUUCGAAAACUUCGUUCUAAUUUUGCCGCAGCGCUUUCCAUACAUUUGGUAUAAAUUAAUGCAAUACAAAAGCAAACAUAAUCCAUUUAAAUAGCGCCUUUAAAAUUCGUUCCGUUUUCUAUAUAUUUUAACCAACUUUUAAAAAAUUCUGAGUUUUUUUAUUAAAAAGAAAACUUUGUAAAAUUAAAUCACGUAAAUAUUGGACAAUAGUUAAUUUUAUAGAACAUUUACGAGCUGUCAAACGCUAGAAAAUAUUUGACAUAUCUCAGUACAUUGUCUAUGGCUGUCGAAAUGAAUUUGUAAAUCAAUGUAUAAUUCAUACAGUAAAACUAAGUCGUGUUUAAGCACAACAACGGUGUACGUACACUAAUGUAAUAAUUGUGAAUAUAAAGCAACAAAAAAAUAUUAAAACGAUAAACCUAUAA